GAGCUUCGCCUCACUGAUACUCCAGCACAGCAGCUCCGGCAGCCUCACUGCAAGCAUGGCCGGCGACAGUGAAACACAUCAGAGGGACCGUGUCGAGAACACCGACGUUAUUCGACAACCUUUCCUCAUCGGUGUCUCCGGAGGCACCGCCAGCGGCAAGUCGUCAGUAUGUGAGAAGAUCAUGGAGCUGCUGGGCCAGGACAAGAUCGACCACCACCAGCGGCAGGUGGCGAUCCUCAGCCAGGACAGCUUCUACAAGGUGCUGACUCCAGAGCAGAAGUCCAAGGCACUUAAGGGCCAGUUCAACUUUGAUCACCCAGAUGCCUUUGACAAUGAGCUGAUAAUGCAAACACUCAAGCAGAUCCUGCAGGGAGAGACUGUCCAGAUUCCAGUUUAUGACUUUGUCACUCAUUCCAGGAAAGAGGAGUUUAUUACAGUGUAUCCGGCCGAUGUGGUCCUGUUUGAGGGCAUCCUCAUAUUCUACUCCCAGGAAAUUAGAGAUCUGUUCCAGAUGAAGCUGUUUGUCGACACAGAUCCAGACACGCGCCUCUCUCGCCGAGUUCUGAGAGACAUCAGUGAGCGUGCGAGAGAGCUGGAGCAGGUGCUCGCUCAGUACAUCACUUUUGUGAAACCGGCCUUUGAGGAAUUCUGUUUACCUACAAAGAAGUAUGCAGAUGUGAUUAUUCCACGAGGAGCAGAUAACCUUGUGGCCAUCAACUUGAUAGUACAGCACAUCCAAGACAUUCUGAACGGCGGACUAAAGCGCCACAACGGCUGCACGAACGGCCACAGCACUACUCCCCGUCAGCGGCGGACCUCCGAGUCCAGCAGCCGGCCUCAUUGACCUCAUCGCACCUCUCUUCACCGGCCGGAGAGGGGUGUGGGGGUUGCGCUGUAAAUAAUGCCUUUUGGCAUCACUGUAUUUAAGAAGAAGAAAAGAGAUGCAAAAAGAAUUGAAAUGCCUUUUAUUAUUAUUAUUAUUAGGACUACUCUUGUUAACCGGUUCUUUUAUUGUAACUGUUGAACUUGGAAUUUAGAUUUUUUUUUUUUUUUUUGUUUUUUUGUCAGAAGGGUUAAAAGAGGAGCUCUUAUUGUUCUUGUGAUGAGACCAUUGGUUUAAAUUGACCCCAUGCAUUUUCCUCCCAGAUUGCAUUUUGUUUUUUAUGUAUCCCCUGCUGCUCCAUGGAAAUUCAUGCCGCUAAUGAAUAAAAGAGGGGAACCCUUUUUCCUUUUUUUGUAAUGUCUGAUAAAACUUGAACCCCUAAUGGCGGGGGGAGUCUGAUAAAUGUUUGGGUAAGCUCCCAACGAGAGGGAUGUGGAUUAGAAAGGAGUUGAAGAAACCGGGAUUGCACUCCGUAAUUGUACCGACAAUCUUGGGAGUGUUUCCAACCCGUUGUUCUGUGUUUUAAGUUCCCUCAGUGUAAUGUGUUACACUAGAGGUCUGUUUACUACAAAGUGUCCACCACACUGACUCUGUAUAAUGUCUGCUGCAGCAGGAACACACUACAUGAUUUUUCAGUACUGAUUGUCAGGUGCAGAAUAAUGCGACUACCAGACCUAUGAAGCCAAAGGCUAGUGUCGUGAGUAUACUUCUAAUAAUUACAAUACUGAUGACUGCCCCAAUCAAAAAACUCAUUUACACGAACACGUAUAAUGUGAAUGAGAAUAAGUUCACUAUCCAUUAGACAGUUAUUUACUCAUAGUAUUCCCCAUUUUAAAUGGUUUAGCUAGCAUUCACACGACACAAAUCAGCCCCUGUUAAAUAAGAUUAAGAUAUGAUUCAUGUACUCUCAGGUUGGUAAAUACCAUUUCUGAUUUCAAAUGCCAGAAUAAAAGGUGUGAUGAAGGUGUUCAAUGCCACAGCAAUAUUAGUUUCCCCAGGUGUGUGGCCAGUAAAACACCAAGACAUCACCAUAAAUGCCUCUGCAACGUUGCCUCAGGUUAACAUGUACAGUAAGGAUCCACGCGAGAAGCCAGUUUCCAUUCUUUGACUUAAAGGUAUGAUAAACUGUUGAAUCGUUUUUUGUAUUCUACGUGCUGUAUUUGUUGUGUAUAGUGUGAUUGAAUGACAGAUUUGUACCAGAUUUGUACUGUAGGCUGUGGAAUUGUCUUGGGGUUGUUGGAUGAUUUAUGACAGAAUGAAACAAUUGCUUAAUGGUUAAUAAACUCAUGCAGCCGUG